AGCGACGCCACAGCCCCAAGCCUCUACUGUCUGACUCUGAGGACCAACCACAACAAGAGACAGCAUGGAUGUAAGUACUGCACCAAACCCUCAGAUCUCUGCCCUGGUAAGAUUUAUGUCCAUUUGUCUUUUAUCUAAAUUCAGAUGUUUAAAUCUUUGCUUGUGUCAAACGGCCUUGUUUGCAACUGCAAGUUGGUUUCUUCCAUCCUUUCCACCCUCUCUCUGCCACGAAUUUCUAUCCUUGCCCCUGACCCUUCUAUGACUCCUUCCACUCCAUCUCCUCCUCCGUCUCCUUCUCCUUCUCCUUCCCCCCAGCACGUCGACCCUCUCUGUGGCAGCUGCCCGUCCCCUGGCUCUGCCCCACAGAAUAACUGCCUCUGGCCCAGCCAGACUCCAUCUGCAGCUUCAUUCCCUGGAUGGCCAGGACAGCCCACCCAGCCUACGCCAUGCUGGACCGGACAACCAAACUCAGCCUGCUGGCCUGGAACUCAACCAACUGCAGUCUCUGUCUCUGCACCGGUUUCAUUUCCAGCACCGGUACAGACUUUGUCACCAGCUCCUGCACCCGCCACUUUCAUCACUCCAGCUCCAGUUCCAGUCCCAGUUCCUGCUCCGGUUCCAGUGCCUUCCACAGUACCUGCUACAGUUCCAGUUCUUGCUCCAGGAUCAAUGCAGUCCUGCCAGCCUUGCUGGCCAGGCACCCAAUACCAACCGGCACCGACCCCGGCUCCACUUCAAACUCAGACCCCUGCUCAAGUCCAGGUUCCUGCAACAGUUCUAGUCCCUACUCCUACUACUACAUCUGUUCCCGCUGCUUCUGGCACCAUCCAACCACAUUUACCAGGAUGGCCGUCUCACAUUGGUUGGACAGGUUGGCCUGGACAGCCAGGAUGGCCUGGACAGAAUUCUUCAAUGAUGCCUUCUCACUGGCUGCCACCCACAUCUGGACCCCUGAGUGUUCCAUACAACUUGAACCUGUCCCGUGGGGUGUAUGACAAGAUGAUGAUGACCAUCUUGGGCCAUGUGAAGCCAAAUGCCAAAAUGUUCACCGUCAACUUCCUGAGAGGCAACGACAUCGCCUUUCACAUUAACCCUCGCUUCAAUGAAGGGGGGAAACAGGUCGUGGUCCGUAACCACAAACUGGGCGAGCGAUGGGGGUCAGAAGAGAGGGAAAUGAAGGGACCGUUCCCCUUUGCCCUGGGCAGUCCAUUUGAGAUGAAGAUCCUGUGCACACAGGAGUCGUUCAGAGUGGCAGUGAACAACAUCCCGCUGUUUGAGUUCCGACACCGCGUCAGAGAACUCAACCGGAUUGACAGGAUCAACAUUCUGCACGACGUCGUCCUCACAUAUGUCAACGUGGAGACACUUCCUUAGAGAGCACACUGUCACUCAUCCAUUACAUACAGCACCAGGCACCAAGGACAGACAGCUGUGUACCAGUGUUUUGAAUGUGCAGCACAUAAAGAGUGACAUGUGCUAAAAACCUGCUAUUAAUACUGUACUGCAGAGUGACUACAGCUUUGCAGGCUUAUAUCAAGAUGCAAAGUGUUAAUACAUAUAAAUAUCAUUUUCAGAAAUUGUUACACCUUCUAGAAUACAUAAAGACUACAGUUUGUAUCUUCAUUUUUAAUUAUCUUUUUUUUUACAAUAUUAAAAAAACUUGGGAAAACUUAAGCAGUGGUUCCUAACCACUGAGUCACUGCACAUUAGUGGACAAUGACAGGCACCACCACGUACAUACACACGACCUUAUAACCUUGCAAACCUUAAUGUUUUUUUUUUAAAUAAUUAAAAAAGGUGUAACAUAUUUUUCUGAGAAAUAUAUUUACCUUAGUUAUUCACCUUAGUUAUUAUAAUCACAUGCCACAAGAGGCUGCACAACUAACCACUUCUUCCUUGUUCAGCUUUGAAUUAUAAUGACGCUACUGCUGUUUUGCAGAUUUUUAACAGUGGCUAAAAUAUAUUUAAUGUAGUUAGUGGAGAAUUCAGGGGAGAAAUAAAAGUCUUAAAAUGUAAUAAGUUUAUUA